GACUCAAUCUUUGUUCCCCUCUUGCAAUAUCAGCCCAUCUCCAACACAUCCGGCCUCCUUCACCUGUGCCGGUUGGCCGGGUUAAAAAGACGGAGCACAAAGCCGCAACUGAGAAUGGCUGAAUUCUUGGCAAACCUAUCCGCUUGCCAAUCCUCAAGCAAGACCCCUUCGUCCUCCCGUUCGUCAAGACUGGCCACCGGUAAACAGUCGCAAACGUCCGCUUCUUCGGCGACUCAACAGACCAGAAGGAGCCAUUUGUCAUCUGAAUCGUCAUCUGAAGUGACCCUUGGCAGGGCAGCCCAGCUUCUCGGGGUUAGUACUGACACCGAAUUGAGCCUCGACGUCUCCGCCUCCUUAUCAGCCCUCUCCACGCCCUGCUCCUCCUUCCCCUCUUGCCCCGUCCCAGCUUCAGCCUCUGCGACCGCCUCACUUUCUGCCCAGAUCUCUGCGAUCCGGGCAGCACAUGAGACUGGCGUUGGCCCCAUUGCAGGCUCUCGGUCGAGCAAGCCAUCAAACAGCCUGUUUGGCCUUGACGCCGAGCAUCCAGAGCGUGCAAUGCUCAUCAAAGACCGUGAAGGAGAUUGGUGCCUGGUGUUUGGACAAACUGAUGGACAACAACAGGAUCAACGCAAUGGCUCGAGUCCAGCAUGGCAGAGAACACCGUCCGAUGUGAAUGGGGAUCACUUUGAGCCAAAAAGCGCAUCGAAACGGACAGCAACUGUGUCUUCUGGCAUCUCAACAACAAGCUUUAAUCCUAUGGAACGAGGCAAUGCCGGUUGGUUGGCUUUGCGCAUUCGAUGGUUGAGAGACCAUCAACAAAAGACCAUAUAUGCACAGAAAUAA